AUGGACCCCAACCCCGACCCCGCAUCACACAUCCACGCCUCCCGUCAGCGGCCCCACCCGUCCUCCUCCUCCGCAUCCUCACCACCAUUCACCCUACCAGCCCCAUCAUCCGCACUCCCCCCCGUCGACGGCCCCUCCCCCAGCGGCCACAACCGCUCCACCUCCCUCACCUCUCUCAAACGCACAUUCUCCAAGAUCCUACCCGCGAACCGAAGUGAGCGGGGUGGUACGCUGCGGGAUAGUCAACGGCGGGGCGAUGUUGAUGAGACAGUUGAUGUCAACGAUAAAGGAGAGGAGCCGGGGGAGCAAAGGAGGGUGAAAGGGAAGAUUGUAAAAGGGGAGGGAAGAAGAUCUCGAAGCUGGAGUCCGCGGAAGGAGGAAGUGAUGGGUUCAUCCGAGGUCGAGGGUGUAGCCGAAGCCACCGGACCGGGGAAAGAAGCCGAGAAAGAAAGUGAAAAAGGGGGAAACGCAUUCCAGCGCCUCCUCGGCCUCCGCCGCACCUCCCUCCCCGCCACCUCCACCCCCGCCCAACCCAGCACCAGCCGCCUCUCCCUCAGACGCCCAAAACCAAAAAAAGCAAUCCACUUCGCCUCCCCCCCCACGCAAAUCCCACUCCCCACCCCCCCAUCGCGCUCCGGCACGUCAACCCCACCGCUCGACAGCCAGCAGAUGUAUGACCAAAAGCGGCUCCGUCGCGAGCAGCGACGCAGCUACCGGAGUAGUGAAGACUACCUCACCAUUGCUGGUGCGAAUCCACGGACCGGGUACUGGGAUGUGAACACCGCUAUCGGGUCAACUAGCAGUUCUGAAGUCGCGGACCGUGCUCGGGCGCGGGAAGCUGAAAUAGCAGAGAACCGCCGGCGCCUGGAAGCCGCGAAGCAGGAGCUGCAAGAGGCGCUGGCGAUGCGAGAGGCGGAGGAUAGGGAGAGAGACGCCAAAAGGGCGAGGAGGCGGGAGAGGGAUGAGGCGCGGAGGAGGGAGAAGAGAGCGAGGGAGGCGGGGAGGUGGAGGGCGGAAGGGGAUGGGUGGAGAAUGGUUGCGGAGCCGGGGUUGAGUCCUAUUGUUGGGAGUUUGGCGGGGAGUCCGAGGAUGGAUCGCACGCCGGAUGAUCAGUUGACGGAGAUGAGGGUUCCGGAGGAGGUUGUGGAUAAGGGGUAUUUUGGGGGAGAGGGGAGAGAGGGAAGAGAGAGGGGCAGGUCUCCGGAGGAGGAGAGGGAGAGGAGGAGGUUGAGUAGGUCGCCUGCUGCGCCGUCGAGGCUGUCUCGUCAGGUGGGUGAUACAAAUGGGGUGCCUGCUCAGUCUACGCCGAUGAAGAGGAAGGCUCUUCCAAGUGCGAGUAGAGUGGUUAGCGGCGAUAUUCCACUUUACGUGGCAUCAUCAUCGAGGAAAGGCGGAUCAUCUCGCAAACUCUCCAAUGAUCGAGUGCCAGAACUCCAAUCUGGCCAGCCAUCACCUGUUUUGGAAAGGGCGAACCCGGGACGAGCUGCUAUAUUUCCUAGUCCGCGAAGACAGCACCAUAAGCCGCCAUUUAUAGAUACUGGCCCAGAAACCCCCCUACAGGGACCGAGAAGCCCGGCUAUCUCAAUGGGGCAAAGUGAUAAUCGCAAAGGAAGUCGUGGCAACGCGUUGCCCAAUGAGUCGGUGAGGAGAAGCCCGGAUAGACCAAACCGUGACCCUUUUGGCCCUAUACCUAGGCGGCGGCCGGCGAGUCCACCAAAGGCUGUCAAUACACCGCCUCUGGAUACUCAACCUGCUGUGGAGACACCACGACUGGAAGAGAGUACACCGGUUGGAGAAAGGGACGUAGAGCCAGAGGUAUUGCGUACUGAACAGCAACCUCAUGCUGUAGCUUCAAGCGGAGUCGAAGCAGAAAACCGUGAGCUCGAAGGAUCAAAUGAUACGAUUGUGCGCCACAGCAUUGCUGAAGCUCUACCAGGGGCACUUCCAGUGGAUGAUCGCCAGCGUGUACCGAGUGACGCACGUAAAGAUCUCAACGAGAGAGACUCCCAAAUCAACUCCGAACAGAGUCCUUUUUUAGGCAUUCGGCCAGAAGGCCAACCCGAAGAACCAGCUACAGCGAUCUCAUCCCAGUCAGCUUCGACGAGUCCAGCCCUGACCCCCCACCAGUCGCACCAAAGCCUGAAGGAUACAGACCAGGGCAAGCGUAUCAAGCACAUCGCGUCGAUGAACGAACUCCCGCCGUUCGUGCUGAAGCACCCAGUGACGGGAACAUCGUUGCCGAUCGCCCCGUCGAGCCCAAAGAUUCUGGAAGAGGUGACGAACAGGAGCUCCAAGGAGAUAAUAGGGGGAGACAUGAAGGUAGCGUCCAUCACCACCACCACCACUAUCACACCCACUACUGGGCCCGGUCCGACUCCGCCCCCGCUAGAUCAAAUGGACGGAAGCUUCGACCCGAGGCCUUCACCCAAGAGACGGCCAAUGCCAUUGAGCAGGAUCCCAGCACCCCAGGUGUCACCCCAGAGCGCACGAAACCACCUUCCGAGCGGUCUCUCCCCACGGCAGGCAACAGGGAGCGCUACAUCAUUGGCGGGGGAAGUGGGAGCGACACUGACGAAGCGUCGUAUUCCAAGGUGGUAUCAGAAACUCUUGCCCGGGUUCGGAAGAGAGGUCGAGAAGAGCACACACACAUCCACAUCUACGUCCCCCAGCCAGCCGCCCACGAGCCCAAGGUAUCAUAUGGGCGAUCCGGGGGGGCAUCCAGGAGCGCAGAACGCGGCGAGGGUGGCGCUCCUGAACGGGGCCCAGGCGCCGAGUCUAGAUCGAGGAGUGCAGGGGCAAAGAGCCGGAGCCGGAGUCGGAGCCCUUGGGGCAGGUCCAGGGGGAGGAAACGUGGGGAUGAGUAGGUUGGGGAGUCCUGUGAGGAUUGAACGGGGUGAUAAGCUGGUUGUAUGGCAUGCUGCGCCGGUGGUUGGACCAAGGAGAAGAAAUGAUAUUGCGGGAGGAGGUGAGAAUAAACACGUGGGCACCGUAACCCCCAACGCCUCCUCGAAACAAAAAAGAGACGCCUCUCAGCCAGGCGGAGCGACGUUGCAGCAGGUCCUCAUCGUCCUCCUAUCGACGGGUCGAUAUCUGAUACUGGCAGCGUGGUGCUUCGUGGAGCCGGUCUUUGAUCCGAGAUCGGCCCUUCGCGCGCGCUGGGAGAGACAGGAGAUGACAUGGCGCGAUGGCGUCGUGGUGGUCGGGGCGGGAGUGUUUGGGGCCGCGGCGCUACUGGCGGCUGUGCUUGGGGUGAGGGUCGUGGGGGGAGUGGUGAGAGUUGUUGGGGUGCUGGGGAGGGGAUGUAGGUUUUUGCUGGGGGGGUAG